AUGUCUGUUACUCUAUCCGAUCGCUGCUAUCGUUCACUAUCGUUUUCUGGAUGUGGUUUCCUGUGCAUCUACCAUGCUGGCGUAUGCGCUGCAAUUAAAGAAUAUGCACCUGAGAUGCUGUCUGGUUCGAUGAGUGGUGCUUCAGCUGGCUCAAUUAUCGCCGCAUGUCUCAUUUGUAAUGUUUGCAUAUCGCGGGGUGCAAGCAUCAUUCUGAGGAUCGUUAAUGAGACAGCCAAAAAUAAUUCGUUAUCCGAUCCCAUACUUUCACCAAAUAUACUCAAUUUUCGAGCACUGUCGGCUGAUGGAUUACGCAGCUCAGGUGAGGGGGGAUGGCAGAUGGGAGAGGGGAAGUGA